AUGAUAUCAAAAGAGAGUGAAAAUUUUAAUAAUACUAAAUGUAUAAUACAUACAAAAAAGGAUUUAAUGGUUUUAUGUUUAGAUUGUAAUUUUAUUCCAUGUUGUAUUGAAUGUAUUUCAAUAAAUAAUAAACAUCAUGGUCAUAAAUUCAAUCAAAUCGAUGGAUCAUCAACAAAAGAAAUUAAUUUAUUAAUGAAUAAUUUUAAAGAUAAUAUAUAUCCAAAAAUAAUUGAUAGAAUAGGGAAUGAUCAAUUUAUUUUAAAUGAAUCAAAUAAAACCUUCAAUAAAAUUCAAUUACAAUAUAACAAUAAUAAUGAUUUAGUAACAAAAGAAUUUAAAAAAAUUCAUGAUAUACUCUCAAAAAUCGAAUUAGAUAUUAAAAAACAAUUAACACCAACAUUUGAAAAUAAUCAAUUAAUAAAUGAAACUUUAAAUUCAUCAUUAAAUAAUGAUAUUGAAAUACUAUCACCAAUAAUUAAUAAUAACAAUAAUAAUAAUAAUAAUAAUAAUAAUAAUAAUAAUAAUAAUAAUAAUAAUAAUAAUAAUAAUAAUAAUAAUAAUAAUACAAUUAUUGAUAAAAUAAAUGAUUUUAUCAAAAAGAAAAAUGAUUUUAAAAAUUAUUCAAUAGAUGGAAAUACAUUUGAAAUAAUUAUUAAAUAUCACCAAUCGUUGACAUUAUUAAAUAAUUAA